AUGGCCAACAAGAUCAGGGUCGCCAUAGCCGGCGCAACUGGGAACACGGGUUCCUCAAUCGUGAAUGCGCUGUUGAAGUCACCAGAGCUAUUCGAUAUCACUGCUCUAGCGAGACCCGCCUCAGUUGGAAAACCGGAACUCGUUGAAUUCGCAAAACAAGGCGUCGCUGUGAAGUCAGUUGAGCUGGAUGGGUCAAUUGACGCAAUUUCUGGCACUCUCGCAAACAUGGACGUGGUCAUCUCGUGCUUGACCUUGCUCCAGUUCAACGAGGAGAUGAAUCUCAUUGAAGCGUCGAGCAAGGCCAACGUCGCUCGGUACAUACCAAGCUUCUGGGGCCCAGCCUGCGAGCCACGAGGCGUCAUGAGUAUUAGGGAAAUGAAAGAGGACUUCUUAGACCGUAUCAAAAGCCUCAGUCUCCCCUACACCAUCAUUGACGUUGGCUGGUGGUAUCAGCUGACCUUGCCUGCUCUGCCUUCAGGGAGAUUCCGGCCAGCUGCGGAAGAGUACUCUACCACCCGCAUUAUUGGAGACGGCAAUGUUCCUUGGGCCCUCACCGACAACCGCGAUAUUGGGAAGUUUGUCUCUAGAAUCAUCGCCGACCGGAGCACUUUGAACAAGAUGGUCUUCGCCUACGGAGAGGUUAUGACACAGAACGAUGCCUUUGAGCUCCUUGAGAGGGUAUCUGGAGAGACUGUCCGCCGACAGUUUAUAACCAAGGAAGAGUUGCAAGAUGUCAUCACCCAAGGCCGUGCAAAGUCUGGCAAGGAGAACAUCAAGGAUGUGACGAUUUUGCUCAACAUCGCCAUGGCAGAGUAUCGGAAUGUUCUCGGCAUCCGAGGAGACAAUACUCCCGAAAAGGCACGAAGCCUUGGAUAUCUUGAUGCACGAGAUUUGUAUCCCGAUGUGGAGGUCACUACCCUUGAAAACUAUAUCAGAGGUCUUGUACGCUGA